AUGGGCCUUCGAGGCUUACAAUGGCCGUCCACUGAGGAUGCAGAGUCAUCAGCUACCCAGACAGAAUCUGAUGAUGACUUUGAAAUCUCGUAUGUGAUGGAACCCUUUGAAAGGCUCAACCCCAACCAGUGGCUCAUCUCUGCUACUAGUAGCCCCACCACUACUACGAGUACUACUACGAGCAGUCAUAGCUUCAAUGUGACUCUGCAAGACGGCGCCAUGUUUGGCAACUCGUCGCUUCGCUUGGACUUUUCUACCGCAACUGCAAGAAGAAUCCAAGUGGGUGUCCUGCAGCCAGAGACGCCUCACACGUGUCGAGAAGCGACCCACAUGUCGGUCUGGUACAAGCAACUGACGCCCAUGGCCAACAACACACAGGUCCGGCUCAUUCUAGUGGAUGACAAUGGGGAUCCCACUCAGUUCAACCGCAGUACCUACCCGAGCAACAAUGCGACCCGGUCGUGGGACUCCUACUAUAUUUCCAUCCCACUCUCCACCUCUGUCAAUGAGACAGACUGGCAACAGCUCCAAGUAAGGUUCGACCAGUUCCAACCGCUACAUGCACGAGGCAAUGGCGUGCUCGAUCUCCAUCGCUUGCGGGGUUGGAAGAUUGAGAUUUCACAGGCCAACAGCAGCGCUACCACCAGCACCACCAAGAGAAGUACACUGCUUGUAGACCAACUCGCCUGCAUUGGAGGUCAAGCCAUGAUGGGUGCCGGGCUGACGUCCUUUUCCAGUUGGGAACAAGCCAUUGACUCGGGUGCGUGGCACGAGGGGUGGUAUCAAUCCCCCAUGGCCGAGAACCAGAGUCAUGUGGCCCUCGACUACACGAAUGGGACCCUCUCUUUGGAUUAUACAGUGGAAAUGGUCGAGUCCUGGGGUGGAUUCCUCAGUCUCGACAACAUGGCGGUUGGGCCCGCCUAUUACAAUCUUUCGCAAGCCAACACGUUGUCGUUGGGGUACAAAGUACGUCAACCUGCAUCCGUCCCCGGUCGCACCCAUUUACGCGUCAUGCUGGCCGAUGCCAGUCAUGUGCAUGUCUGUGCCCACACACAUCACUGCAACGACCAAACGGAAGAUUGGGAAUGGUGGUACUCGUUUCAUUACGUUCUGGACGAAGUCGCAGAUGCCUUUGGGGAGAUUCACAUGCCCCUCCGGGGCGGGACCAACUCGUCGGCGCCCUUUUGGUUGACCGGAUGGUCCGGUGGAAUUGGGAAUCGACAAUUCGACAAGGAAUACAUUAAAGGAUUCAAUAUUGAGAUUAGUAUGGAUUCGCAAGGGGAGUUGGGGUCGACCGUCAAUGGAUCCAUUGAUCUCUUCAACAUGACGGCGUAUUAUCAGCAGCAAUCCACCGCAGAACAACGCAUGGCCGUCCGAGAAACGGACGUUUCGUUUCAUUAUGCACACCAAUUCCAAAAGGUGGAAUUUCAGAGCAGUCAAUGCGAAGCAACAUGUGCUGCCGAUCCGGCAUGUCUCUACGGAUUCUUCAUGGCCGAGCAUUGCUACAUGGCCAGCUAUUUGGAAGCGACCGACAUUGGAAUUCCCAGCACGCUCACAUUGCAACAAGAUCUGACCACCUUUUGGAUUGAUGAUGCCACCAAGCGGGGAGACUUUUGCGACUUGUGCGAGUGUCAACCAUUCAAUCGCACCAUUGACUGUCGUGAUCGCAAUCUCGUGAUUCUUCCCAAAACAUUGGACGAAGAAUGGACUCCGCUCUCGCUCGAUUUACGCAACAAUUCGAACCUCGUAUUCAUCGGAAAGGGAUCUUUGGAAGCGGUUGCUUCGUCGUUGCAAGAGAUUUGGCUUCCCGCAGAGAUGCGGCACAUUUCAUACCAGGCAUUGCAACAACUUCCCCAGCUCACGGCCAUUCACACGCAAGAUGAUCAGCUGGCCACGGCAAUCAGCAGCGAUGAGCAAGGCAAGGGAGCAGCAGCUUUUGGCGACAUUUGCUGCUCGGUAGGAGAGCACUUGCCGCUGGCAGAGCCAUCGGGAGGACUCUCCUUUUGUAACAUGAAGGUGAAACAUCCGGGGGAUGAUGCCACAUACUAUCCCUUUGUCGAGUUUCCCGAUGGAGCCGUACAGUCCGAAGUGCGACCAAGUUCCCCAUUCAUGGCAGAAGCAGCCGAGAGUCCCGAGAAAUGUGCCGAGUAUUGUGCCAUUUCCAAAGAAUGCAACUUUUUUGGCUUUGACGGUCGGUUCAAAAACGCAGAACUCCUUUGUUACCUCUUUGAAACCAUGGGCAGUGGCCCCCAGAAAAUCUGUUGUGAAGAAGACCAUUUCGGGGAUGAAGACGGGACGAUUCCUGGUUGGACAUCAGGGUUACCGCCGAGAACUCGCCACACAAUGGACAAUGCCAAGGUUAUGAUUGAGCCACAAGCCAUUUCGAUCGAGACGUCUUAUGAAGGGUGCGGGGAAGCCUCCUUUGACCUGCAGUUGGGAUCCAGGCCACAUCGAGGUGCCGUUUGGAUAGAGCCACAACUUGCCUCGUCCACACCCAUGGAGGUGACUUUUGAUCCUCCACGAGUCGUGUUGUACGAUGCCAACAGCACCGUCAGAGUGAAAGUGACUGUAGCCGCGGCUGACAUGUUGGGUACUGGGUCGACGUCGUUCGUGGUUCAAAACAAGAUCUCAUCCUGUGACAGCGCCUUUGUGGAAUACGCGGACGACAGCACAGCAACCCGCGAGACAACAAUAUUUGUGGACAUUGUGAUACCUGUGCUAGUAGAGCGGGGUAUGGACCCGGGGGUUGUCGCGGCAAUCGUCAUUGGUGUAAUCCUGUCGUUAUGCUUGUUCGGCAGCGUAUUGCUUGGACAGAGACGGAAACAUCAGGAUGCUAUUUGGACAAUUAACAAAGACGAGCUUCUAUUCCCCGACAAGCCUAAGGUACUGGGCAGAGGAUCCUUUGGGCUCGUAUUGAAGGCUGAGUUUAGAGGGACCGAGGUUGCGGUGAAACGAGCUUUGCCACUCAGGAGCAAGAAAAAACGUCGUCAGUCACAGAAAAGCUCGACAGGAACCAUGCAACGAUUUCUUUCAACUCCACUAGGGUCGGCGUCCUCGUCAACCGUGGCGGAAUCAGCCAAGAUAGGCUGCAACACAACCAGACCGGGACUUGAGGGGAUGCGCAGUAGUGUGUUAGUUGAUCGGGCCUCCUAUUCAAGGAUGAAGAAGAAUCUAGUUGCUGAAAUGCGGAGCCUAAGCUCUUUGCGACAUCCUUGCAUUACAACUGUAAUGGGAGCUGUCAUGGGGAAGGAACCAAUGCUGGUGAUGGAACUGAUGGAACACGGGUCGCUUUAUGAUAUAUGUCACAAUGAAACAAUUGGACUUGAUCCAGAGAUGAUUCUACCAAUUUUGCUGGAUGUGUCCCAAGGAAUGAGGUUUCUCCACUCCGCCAACCCACAGAUCAUACACGGCGACCUAAAAGCUGCAAAUAUUCUUGUAGAUCGUUCGUUUCGCGCAAAGGUGGCUGACUUUGGUAUGAGCGUGAAAAAGGGAUCUGCGGUGACCGGAACGCCCUUUUGGACUGCUCCCGAAUUGCUGCUGGGAAUCUCCACGAACACGACACAGAGCGAUGUUUGGUCUUUUGGGAUGUUGCUUUACGAAACGUACAGCCGCAAGGACCCUUACGAGGACGAGGACAGCGACACUAAAGACAUUCUUGGCCAAGUCGCCGACAAGACAGUAAGCAAGCGCCCUCCAGUUCCUAGAGGAAUGCCAGCUCCGGUGGAGUCUUUGAUGACGGACUGCUUUGUACACGACCCAGAGGAGCGCCCUUCCUUUGAAGAAAUUGACAAGCGCCUCAAGCGAGUUGACGUGAAGAGUUUGGGAGGUUCGACCCCUAACCGCAAAUCGAGCGUCUCUCUCUUUGAUAUCUUCCCCCGGGAAGUGGCAGAGGCCCUGAGAGAUGGGCGUGAAGUGGAGGCAACUCACAAAGACUGUGUCACGAUUUUCUUCUCUGAUAUUGUCGGUUUUACGGAUAUCUCUGCUACCCUUCACCCCAAAAAGGUGGCUAACAUGCUCGAUAGACUUUACAGGAGACUGGACGAGUUGUCCAUCCAGCACGAUGUGUACAAGGUAGAAACUAUUGGCGAUGCGUUCAUGGCGGUCUCAAAUUUGGUGAAAGACCAGGAAGGCGACCACGUCAAAAGAAUAGCUGAAUUUUCCGUGGAGGCUAUUGCUGCUGCCAAUAGUGUGCUGAUUGACACAGACGACGUGGAGAGAGGUUUUGUGAACAUUCGGGUUGGCUUUCACUCAGGGCCUGUCGUUGCGGACGUUGUGGGGAGUCGCAAUCCAAGAUAUUGUUUAUUCGGUGAUGCGGUGAAUACGGCCUCUCGCAUGGAAUCAUCUGGGGAACCAGGGCGCAUUCAUUGUUCAAAGUCAUCUGCAAGGCUGCUUGAGCAGCAGUGCCCGGACAUGGAAUUGAACUCACGAGGCUCCAUCGAGGUGAAAGGCAAGGGGCAAAUGCACACAUAUUUUGUCAACGAGGAAGGCGUGAAACCCUCCAUGCAUGAGCAAGCAUGGGGCAUUGGCCCAGUAUCUGUUGAGUUCUACACUGUUGAUGACAUUGAUUUCGGGAAGGUCUCGAGGCAUUGGCGCAGCAAUGAAUUCGACGACGAGCCUUCAGAGUCUUCCAUGGCCGGAUAA